AUGGCAGACGAUUCUCGAUCUCGAUCUGAAUUUCUUCCAUUUGUUAGUCGAAAUAGUGGAAAUGUUUAUGACGGCGACAAUACCAAUAUGCCCAGUGGCCAACUUGGAUCGAUCCCAGAUCAACUUGGGGACCACAGGGCCUCGGAAGAGGUCCUUGACGAUCUGUCUUCAGAAGCUUCAUCGAAUUCAAUCUUUUCGAAUACAACCUCCUCAGUCCCAGCGUCAUCAAAUGCCGCAAAUGAAGUUGGCAUAUCGGACUUUAAGUCCUCUGAGCUGGGCCUGGCUUCUUCCUCUCCGCCCUCUUCGUCCCCGGAAAUUCAGCUGGCCCACCAGAUGCACGUGAUUGUGAUCAAGCCAGCCAGCAACGAUCUCAUCAACACAAUCGCUGAGAUAUCGGCAGCCUGGGCAGUUCUUCUUGGGUCCUACACAGCAUCGCCCAGCGUGUCUCUCGAAGUGGGAUUCCAAGACGACACUGAAUUUCACUCAAUUGCGAUUUCGACCGAUGGGAAUCUUACGACUCUGGACAUUGUUCGCGCCAUCAAGCUCCAAUAUUCCGGCUUUCUUCCCGAUGCGGCGAUCAAUAAACUUUUCAUUCGGGGAUCUUGUAUCUGGCGUUCUAAUCAACCCAGGCUCCCUCAGUCCAGCAAAGACCAGUCCGCUUUAAUCCUCGCAUUCGAACUCAACGAUGAGCACUUUGUCAUCAAAGCUCACUUCGAUGAAAGUUUGAUUCAUCCAAAGCAAGUGAGACGGAUCUUGCUCCAAUUCGAGCACAUCUUGGAACAGCUGUCCUUGGAUGAAAGCUUCGAUAAAACGCUCUCCGAGCUUGAGUUGCUCAGUCACGCCGAUAUCCGCGAAAUGAAUCUCUGGGCAUCUGCUCCAACCCCUACCAUAGACUCAUGCGUCCACCAUUUGAUCGAGUUGCAAGCAAGGCAACAACCUCAAGCAAUCGCAGUCGCCGCACGAGAUAUACAAAUCAAUUACCACAUGCUAGAUGAGCUUUCAGGUCGGUUAGCACGCUAUCUCAAAUCCUUAGGAGUGGGCCCCGAAGUUAUUGUGCCGUUCUGUUUCGAAAAGUCAGCAUGGGCGGUGAUAGCUAUGAUCGGAAUUCUCAAGGCCGGCGGAGCUUGCGUGGGCCUUGAUCCAAAACACCCCAUGAGGAGACUCAACAAGAUCAUCCAGGACUCAAGAGCCGAAAUCAUCAUCACAUCGAAGCAACAUUCCGAAUUGCUUAUAGGACUGCCUAUCGCCAUUGUCCCUAUCAAUGAAGCAUUCUUGCAAGCCCUACCAAUCAUUGAUUCCCCCGCCUGCACUACCGUUCACUCAAAGAAUCCGGCGUAUGUUACUUUUACCUCCGGGACAACUGGCGAGCCUAAGGGCAUUGUCGUUGAGCACGGUUCUGUUUGUGUGAGUGGCAGCUCGCAGAAAGCUGCAUUGCGCCUCGGGCCAAAGUCGCGUGUUCUUCAAUUCGCAGCCUAUACCUUCGACAUCAGCAACGGGGAUGUUUUGAAUACUCUCAUGAGCGGCGGCUGCAUUUGCGUUCCUUCCGAGGAUGAGAGAUCCAAUGAUCUGGAGGGGUUCAUCAAUAGAAUGGGAGUCAAUUGGGCUUGUCUCACCCCCAGCGUUGCAAGUCUCCUUCAACCAUCUUCUGUUCCUACAUUGGAGACUCUCGUUCUUUGCGGCGAGCCCAUCUCUCAGGAGAUUGUUUACAAAUGGGCAAAUUCGGUCUUUCUUGUUGAUGCUUAUGGACCGGCGGAGACCACAAUUCUCUGCACAAGCUUUCCAGGGGUUAGGCAAGAUACCAGCUCUUCCAAUUUGGGUUGGAACAUGGGAGCUCGAACGUGGAUUGUAGACUCCUUGGAUCACAAUAAACUCUGCCCACUUGGAUGCAUUGGCGAGAUUUUGAUCGAAGGCCCACUUGUGGCAAGGGGCUACUUGAAUGAUCCCGAAAAGACGGUUGCGUCUUUCAUCCACGAUCCACUUUGGACAAGGAAUUCUCUUCUAAGCAGUGCCUCCCAAAGACUUUACAAGUCAGGCGAUCUCGGCUAUUCCAACACUGACGGUUCAAUCACGUUCGUUGGGCGGAAAGAUAAGCAAGUCAAAAUCCGGGGCCAGCGUGUGGAGCUGCUGGAGGUUGAACACCAUCUUCGUCUUGUCUUGCCAGAAACAGUCAGUAAUAUCAUUGUGGAAGUUGUCUCUGACAAUAACCAUACGUCCCUUGUUGCUUUUGUCUACUUUGGCAUUCCAUUGGACGACAAUACCGAUCUUGAACAUCAGCUUGAUACCUCGAGACAUGAUUUGUCGUCCGCUACAGCAGGGGUGGCGGCGAAGCUUUCGGAUUCACUCCCUGCUCACAUGAUCCCAUCAAGCUUCAUUCCCCUGGAAAAGCUGCCGCUCAAUCAAUCUGGAAAGCUCGAUAGGAAGAUACUACGUCACCUUGCACGAGACUUUCUCGCCAAAAACAAGACAAAGCACAGUCAGACCACGAACAGAAGAAGACCCUCAACCGAUUUGGAGUGUCAAAUGCAAAGGCAUUGGGCGCAAAUUCUGAAGUUGGAUGCUCUUACUAUCAGCGCCGAUGAUAACUUCAUCAAGCUGGGUGGCGAUUCGCUCUCCGCAAUGAAACUCGUGGCAGCAUGUCGGGCAGAUGGAAUACUAUUGUCCGUGGCGUCUGUCUUUCAAUCACCAGAUCUCUCAACGUUAGCUGCGACAGUGACUUUCAGUGACUCCCCACAAUUAGAAGUAGUACCAUUCACCCUUUUGGAGGGAGAGACCAUCAGCAUUCUAUACGAUGAAGCGUUGGCACAAUGCACCGAUAUACAUGAUGCUGAUUUGAUUGAGGACAUAUAUCCUUGUACUCCACAGCAAGAAGGUCUUUUCGCAAUGUCACUGAAGCAAAGGGGAUCUUACGUUGCCCAAGAUGUCACCGAAUUACCCAAGGGAACAGACAUCUCCCGGUUCCAGAAUGCAUGGAAACAAACAAUUCAGGCUUGUGCUAUUCUACGGACACGCAUCAUUCAGAGUCCAAUCGCUGGAUCAGUGCAAGUUGUGGUCACUUCUCAAGACCCAUGGAUCCAGACCUCGGUUGAGAACGAGAUAUCGCUAAAAGACUAUCUGGAGAAGGACCGCAAUGUCAAUAUGGGCUUUGGCCAGCCGCUAUCACGCUAUGCAAUCGUGCGAAACGCGGGCACUGGCGCAGUCCAUUUUGUCUGGACCAUACACCAUGCUUGUUACGACGGGUGGUCCAUGCCUUUGAUAAAGAGCAAUGUUGAUGGCGCCUACGCAGGUAAAUCUGUUCUUCAGCCCACCAAAUUCAAUCAGUUCGUCCAACAGGUGUUGAAUGUCAAGACCGAAUCUACCACGCAGUUUUGGAAACUUUACUUCAAAGACGCUCAAUCGCCAAUCUUUCCAUAUAUCUCCCCACCAACCUAUCAGCCACAUGCCCAGUCAAUCCUAGAUUACAAAUUCAGCAUUUCUCGAAAAGCGAAUACCAGCUUCACUUUACCAACACUUAUACGAGCAGCUUGGGCACUUCUCAUCGGCCGCUAUGUCGAGUCAAAUGACGUCUCGUUUGGAGUCACACUUGCGGGAAGAAAUGCACCCUUAUCAAACCUGGAUACGUUGAUCGGACCGACCAUUGCUACACUAGCUGUACGCAUUCGGUGGUCUCGCGAUAUGAGUGUAGACGAAUACUUGCAGAAUGUUCAAGAUCAUUCGGUCGCAAUGAUUCCGUUUGAGCAUUCUGGGCUACAGAAUAUUCAAAGUGCGAGCGAGGAGGCGCGAAUUGCAUGCCGAUUUCAAAGUCAUCUGCUUAUCCAACCGCUUCCGGCUGAAACUUCUUGUGGUAUCUUCUCUGCUAGGAACCUAUUGGCUGGAGAAUUGUCAGACUAUGGCUCAUAUGCUCUGAUCGUCCAAUGCUUGCUCGCAGAGAGCGAUGUGGUAGUAAGAGCUACGUACGACGAAAAAAUCAUCGAUCGUUCGCAGGUACAGCGUUAUAUGAAUCUCCUCGAACAUCUAGUCCGCCAGCUAGGCUCUGUGCAGGGCUCAAGAACAAUUAAUGACAUCGAAACAAUCAGCUCAGCAGAUGAGGCAGAGAUCAUGCAGUGGAAUUCUUCACCGUUAGCUCCGGUUGAUUCCUCGUUCCACGUCAUUUUCAAGGAGCAGGAGCAGCUGCGCCCGGAUGCUCUGGCGAUGAACGUCAAGCCAGGAUCUUUCGUCCCUCUAUGCUUCGAAAAAUCUGUGUGGACCAUGGUUGCAAUAAUGGCCACAUUCAAGGCCGGGGCUGCAAUCGUACCUUUGGACCCGUUCCAUCCUCUAUCACGCCGUCUUCAAAUCAUUUCCGAGUCGCAGGCUAACAUUAUGGUCUGCUCGGGAGAGUACCGAACUUCGUUCCUAUCAACGUGUGACCAUGUUUUGGUCAUUGACAGACAUUUUCUCGAGAGUCUUCCUCUUCCAGCCACCACCUCAGAUGACGCCUUGCCAACCACGCCAUCUACGGCCCCUUUAUACGGACUUUUCACAAGUGGCAGUACCGGCUUGCCUAAAGGCGUCAUUAUUGAACACGGCGCUUUCCUCUCAAGCGCCACUGCUUACGGAAAUGGAAUGUUUAUUACCUCAGACAGCCGAGUUCUCCUCUAUUCUUCUUACAGUUUUGACAUCAGCAUCUUGGAAAUGUUGACUCCCCUCAUAUUUGGAGGUUGCAUUUGCAUUGUUUCCGACAAGGAUCGUCUUGAUGAUCUAGGUGGUGCGAUGUCUCAGUUGAAGGUUAACUGGUCCCUACUUACGCCUACGGUUGCUCGAACUAUUGACCCAAAGACUGUACCAAGCUUAGAGGUCCUUCUUCUUGGUGGAGAGCCACUUGAAAGGGAGGACAUUGCCCAGUGGGCUCCAUACAUCAAACACCUCAUCAAUGCCUACGGUCCUACAGAAUGCAGUGUCGUCUCUAGUGCAUUCGUUGACCUGGACUUGAAAUCGGAUCCACGGAACAUUGGCCAAACAUUCAACGCACACUAUUGGAUUACAGACGUCAACAAUCACAAUCGACUGAUGUCGAUCGGCGCCGUGGGCGAGCUCUUAAUCGAAGGGCCUAUUUUAGCACGUGGCUAUCUCAACAAUGCCGAACAGACGAAGCAAUCAUUUAUUGAGGACCCCGAGUGGUCAAAAACUUUACAGACUCGAAUGACAACCCAAUCGGGCAACCCUACCAUCCGCCGCAGAUUCUACAAAACGGGAGACCUGAUAUAUGAUUCCUUCUCUAUUUCUUCCGCUAUUCCGGCUCCCGAUGACGGUUUCUCACAAGGUCGAUCGAAAGCAGCUGCAUGCUCUUAUUCGAAGCCUAUGACCGAAGAGCUUGGCAUCUACAAACCCGAGGCCGCAAUCGAUCGCAAGCCUUCAACCCCAGCCGAAAAGGAUUUGCAAACUUUGUGGGCUGGGGUGCUGAAGACAUCAGCUGAUGAAAUCAGUGCAGAAGACAACUUCUUCAGCCUUGGCGGUGAUAGUAUUCUAGCCAUUCAUCUUGUUGGAGCAUGUCGAGCCAACGGGGUGUCGCUCUCAGUGCCACAAAUCUUUCAGACACCGAAGCUUGCCGAUAUGGCACUUCUGACGAUGAAGGAUGACAGAUCCUCAUCAUUAGUAAACAUCCCUCCUUUCCAGCUUCUCGUCGGCGGCUUAGAUGACUUAUUUGAAUCGGCGGCGCGUCAAUUUGCAGUUCCGAUCGAGGAUAUUGAGGAUAUGUACCCUUGCACUCCAUUACAAGAAAGUUUGAUUAUAUCAUCCGUCAAGACACCUGGUUCCUAUGUUGCUCAAUUCGUUUUCGAACUCCCGGAGGACAUUGAUUUGGGUCGCUUUCGAAGAGCAGUGGAAGCGGUGGUCAAUGCAUCUCCGAUCUUACGCACAAGAAUAUUCCAGAGCCCAUCUUCACAAUUAUUGCAGGUAGUGCUCCACAGUCAGAACAUCGACUGGGAGACACAGCCCGAUAUCAAAACUGCCCUCAACGAAAAUCAUCGAACAUCCAUGACUCUUAACAAACAACUUUCAACAUUCGGACUCAUUGAAGCCGGCCAGUCUGGCAAAGGAUCUUUUGUUUGGACAAUCCACCACGCCUUGUAUGAUGGGUGGUCAAUGGUAUCGAUCAGGAAGCGAAUCGACGCAGCGUACAAGUCACUCAAUAACGAACAUUUGCCCGAAGUGCCUUUCAAUCGAUUUGUUGGAUAUACUAUCGAUUCAGACAAAGAUGCUUCGGAUAAAUACUGGCGCGAAUACCUGGAUGGGGCAGUACGACCUUCAUUUCCACCCGUACCUCAAGGACACCCAAUUAAAGCUGACGCGAUCUUUAAAUCCGAGUUGAAUCUCACAAAGCGAUCGUGCUCCAGUGAAUUCACCUUAUCCACAAUUAUCAGAGCUGCUUGGGCUAUACUGGUGCAAUCAUAUUCGGGCUCCUCUGACGUCGUUUUCGGAGCAACCUUGUCAGGAAGAGACACAGUUCUGGAAGGCAUUGAGAACACCAGUGGUCCAACUAUUGCAACGGUACCUAUUCGCGUCAUUUUAGACUCCAAAGACUCUAAAGCUUCCUCGUUUCUGCAGCGUAUACAGGAUCGGGCGGCCGAGAUGAUUCCGUAUCAGCACACAGGCAUGAAAUACAUCCAAUCCGUCAGCGGGGAUGCAUUCAUUACCUCGAAGUUUCAGAACUUACUUGUAGUUCAGCCAGCAGAAACGAGUUUGCCGGGAGUUUGCUCUUCAUGGUCCACUCUUGCAGACGACGUAAACAGAUUCAACUCUUAUGCCCUAAUGGUCCAAUGCUCCCUCCAUGAGCCUGUUGGCGGUGAAAGCACCAUCUCGGUGGAGACCAGCUACGACUCUGGGAUAUUGGACACAAGACAAAUACAACGAAUAAUUCAACAAUUUGGAUACAUAAUCGACGGUCUUUUGUCCUCUGAUGGCUCAACAGUCAUGGGUGCUAUUGAGUUGAUCAGCCCAGAGGAUAAGAAAGAGCUUGCUAUCUGGAACAACCCUGAGCGACUCUAUACGGUUGACGCAUGCCUGUAUGAGAUGUUCGAGAAGCAGGUGGUCCUUGCGCCGGACCUUGCUGCUGUUUCGUCCUGUGAUGGUCAGCUCACAUAUGGAGAACUGAACGAACUUGCGAACCAACUGUGUUCUAUUUUGAGAAGCCGUGGUGUGAUCCGAGGUUCCCCGGUUGCAUUAUGUUUCGAGCAUUCGAAGUGGAUGACUGUCGCCAGUAUGGCAACUCUCAAAGCUGGUGGAACGCUCAUUGCUCUGGAUCAUAAACAUCCGGUGAAUCGCCUAGAACAUAUUCUCUCUUCUACAAACGUGAAAUUUCUUCUUACAUCACGUUCAUGUUCAACCCUACUUCGCACGGCUCCAAUGACAAUUGUCAUUGACAGCACCACUCUAGACGAGAUGACACCUACCGAUCUCAGCUGGCCCAGCGACCUCUCCUCCCCUAGUGAUGUCGCAGUGGUGGUUUUCACAUCUGGGACCACUGGCAUGCCAAAGGGCUACCAUCUCGAGCACAAAGCAAUAUGUUCUAGUGCAGUGGCAUUUGGCACGGGAAUGUUUAUCAACUCGCAGACACGGGUCUUUCAGUUUGGAUCCCAUGCACACGAUUCUAUGGUCCUAGAAUUGCUGGUUCCUUUGAUCUUUGGAGCUUGUAUUUGCAUCCCAAAUGAAGAAGAACGUCUCUCUAAGACAGCUGAGGUCAUGCGACGCCUAGCUGUGAAUUGGACUUUUUUAACCCCAUCUGUAGCACGAUUGAUCAACCCCGCAGAAGUUCCCGAAUUGGUUACACUGGUGCUCGGUGGAGAGGCACUCUCCGGGUCGGACAUCACGCAGUGGUCAGGCCAUGUGCAGCACCUUAUCAAUGGCUACGGACCAGGAGAAUGCUCCAUCUUCUCAAGCGCAAACAUCGAUCUUGUUCCUAGUGAUGAAGCUUCUAAUAUUGGCAAAACUUUCAACGCUCACUACUGGGUUACGCUCCCAGAUGAUGUUAAUCGGCUUUGUCCGAUUGGAGGUAUUGGUGAGCUUCUCAUCGACGGUCCAAUCUUGGGCCGCGGCUACUUUAAUCAGCCUGACCUGACAGCUGCCGCAUUCAUUGAGAGACCUGACUGGGCCAAAUCUUGGACUCUUUCAUCCACAUCCAAAAUGUAUCGGACCGGCGAUUUGGUAUGCUACAACUCAAAUGGUAGCGUCAAAUAUCUAGGCCGGAUUGACAACCAAGUGAAGAUUCGUGGCCAGAGAACUGAACUUGCGGAGGUCGAGCAUCAGCUGCGACUUUCUCUCCCCAAAAUCACGGGAGUCGUUGUCGAGAUGGUUAAGCUGAAAAGCGGCGACUCUAGAAAAGCUAUGAUUGCGUUCUUGUCGUCCGGUGACAGUACCGGCUUAGAUGACGAAAUUCUAGCUCGCGACCAAAUAGAUGUCACGAUGUGCAAGGAACUAGAUCUUCUCCACGAAAAACUAGCCGACUCGCUUCCAGUGUAUAUGAUACCAUCUCAUGUUCUACUCUUUCGAAGCUUCCCGCUUACACGAUCCGGAAAGACAGACAGGCGGAAAUUGUCAUUGCUCGCUUCCAAUCUUUCGCUCGAAGAGCUCAAUGCGUACGCUUCUUCAUCGCCGUAUGUGAAAGUGGCGCCUUCUACUCCAACAGAGAUUGUUCUCAGAGCGCAUUGGGCUGCUACCUUGAGAAUUGAUGUUGACAGAAUUGGAAGAGAUGACAACUUCUUCAGACUUGGUGGGGAUUCUAUUGCAGCCAUGGACCUGGUAACGAAGCUGCGGACCAACGGCCACUCUCUUCUGAUUAGCAGCGUAUUCCAGGCGCCAGUCUUGCAAAGUAUGGCCAAGAUGGUUGAAAGCGGAGACGUUUCAGUUGUUCGUGACCCAGACCCAUUCACAUUGCUGGGCCAUGAAGUUUCAGGAAGUUCCAUAUGUGAAGAAGUUUUGUCGCAAUGCGAUAUGUCCGAGGAUGUCAUCGAAGAUAUUUAUCCAUGUACGCCUAUGCAAGAGGGACUCAUUGCAUUGUCAAUCAAACGCCCCGGGGCAUACAUAGCCCAAUUCAAAAUCGAAUUGUCAGCGGUUAGAUUCGAUGCAGGCAAAUUUCAAGCUGCGUGGGAGCAGAUUGUUGAGCUUGCGCCCAUUCUACGAACGAGAAUAUUCACCACCAAAGGUAGAGGCCCGAUGCAAGUCGUGUUCAGAGAGCCCAUUGCCUGGGCUUUUAGUCACAGCAUUGACGAAUAUCUCAAACAAGACCGCAAAACUGUUAUGACCUUGGGUGGAAAACUUGCGAGGUAUGCCAUCAUUUCUGACUCCGGAAAGCAAUAUUUUGUGUGGACCCUACAUCAUUCUUUAUACGAUGCCUGGUCAAUUCGGUCCAUCCUGCGAAACGUCAAUCACAUCUACACCGGCAAACCAACAUGUCGCAUUGCCAACUUCAGUCGCUAUAUUCGACACAUCUUAGAAGUAGACCGAGAUCUCGGAGAAGCGAGCCAAAAUUUCUGGCAAUCUCAACUUAUUGGAGCCAGUCCACUGGAUUUUCCCCCGACUCCCUCGGCGAACUACCAGCCGGAACCAGAUAGUAAUCUCGCUGACGACUUUCCCCUGCCGCCGAGACGUCAAAGUAGCUGUACAAUCUCAACACUCAUAUGGGCUGCGUGGUCACUGGUCAUUAGUCGAUACAUUGGUUCCCUUGAUGUUGUCUUUGGGACGAUUCUUUCCGGAAGAUUUGCACCUGUUCCAGAUAUUGAAGAUCUCUUGGGCCCAACUCUGAACACCGUUCCUAUUCGCCACCAGGUUCAUCAUAACCAAACCAUUGAUGAGUACUUGGAAGGUUUUCAAGCGCACUCUAAUUCGAUAAUUCCAUUUCAGACAUUGGGGCUGCAACGCAUACAACGACUCGGCAAAGAUGCCCAAGCUGCAUGUCAGUUUCGGAGCAUGUUAGUUGUACAACCAAAGGUUGAUGAAGCCAUCGAGGAGACUUUCAAAUUUGCACCGUCUGGUGAUGAAUACGAAUUCGCAUCAUACGCUUUGACCAUAGAAUGCACAUUAACGGAAACGCAUUUGAACGUUUCAGCAACCUAUGAUUCCCAUGUCAUUGAUCAGCCUCAGAUGCGCCGCGUUAUUCAAGGAUUCAAACAUGCGAUAACCCAGUUGUGCAAAGGAGGUUCCUCCAAGCUUGCAGCCCUGCCAAGUCUGAGUCCUGAGGAUUUCCAGGAAAUUGCUGAAUGGAAUCGUCCAACUUUCCCACCAGUCGAGAAAUACAUUGAUGAGAUCUUUCAGGAGUCUGUUUUAUUGUUUCCUGAAGCUACAGCUAUUGAUGCAUGGGAUGGCCAACUCACGUACUCUGAUCUGGACCGCCACUCGACAGCCCUGGCGUGUCUCCUCGUGAAUAUUGGUAUUGCUCCUGAGGUGCUUGUCCCAUUGUGCUUCGCGAAGUCAAAAUGGGUUGUCGUCACUAUGCUUGCUGUCGCAAAAUCUGGUGGCGCUUUUGUCCCUAUGGAACCGUCACAGCCAGUCAAUCGGCUUAAGAGCAUCCUAAGCCAGACCCAAUCCAAGACCGUUCUGUGUUCAGAGCAGUAUCACUCGCUGCUCCAGCCACUGUCUGACAACGUCAUUGUGGUGAACGACAGUCUACUCGAGCAAGCAAUGCCUACAGAUCUCAUUUACCGCCAUCCUAGGAGCACACAAGACGCUUUGUAUAUCAUCUUCACAUCCGGUACGACGGGAACUCCCAAGGGGGUGGUAAUCACUCACCAAGCGUACUGUUCUAGCUCCACUGCAUAUGCAAAGGAGUUAGUCGAUUCAAACACAAGAGCACUUCAAUUCGCGUCAUACAGCUUCGACGCCUCUAUAUUGGAAAUCUUCACAGCUCUUUCAGCUGGAGGCUGUGUGUGCAUCCCCUCAGAACAGAAUCGAUUGGAUGACAUAGCAGGCACGGUAGCCGCCAUGGCGAUCAAUUGGGCGGCUUUAACUCCCUCAACGGCAAGAUUAAUUGAACCUAACAGCGUGCCAACUCUCAAAACCUUGUUGACUGGUGGGGAAGCCUUGUCACGGGAUGACAUUCCUCGUUGGAAGGGGCACGCAGAGCUUUUCCAUAUGUAUGGGCCGACUGAGACAUCUGUAGUAGCUAGCCGUUUUGCUGGAAUCACGGAGAGCACACAUCCCAACAACAUCGGCCUGCCUUUUGCUUCGAACUUCUGGAUUGUGGAUUCGUCUGAUCAUGAUAUUCUUCUUCCGGUCGGCGCGAUUGGCGAAUUGCUGAUUGACGGAGCAAUACUGGCCCGCGAGUACUUGCAUGAUCCAAUGAAAACUGCUACGUCUUUCAUCUCUGAUCCUGUCUGGCUCCCAAAGCAUCGAUCACCGAGUCGAAUGUACAAGACUGGUGAUUUGGUUCGUUACAAUUCUGACGGCACAAUCAAUUUUCUUGGCCGCAAAGAUACACAGAUCAAACUCCGCGGUCUACGUAUUCAGCUUGGUGAAGUCGAAUAUCACCUUCAACGAGCCCUUCCAGAUGUUGGUAGGAUUGUCGCAGAGCUGGUCCAUGUUGAGCGCAAAACAUUGCUUGUCGCUUUCCUACCAGUUGAGGGCGAUAAAUCAGACCACCUAAAUAUUUCCGACCAAGAGCUGUUCGAUGUGGACAGAAUAUUGACAAAAAACCUCGCUGCGAUGCUCUCGGAGGUCGAGGACAGUCUAUCAACGGUCAUGCUGGCGCACAUGAUGCCUUCGGCGUACAUACCGAUCCGACGCAUACCUUCUGCAGUUUCUGGUAAGACUGAUCAAGGAAGACUCAAGCGAUUUGUCUCUGGCCUAUCUGCUGCACAGCUAGAUGCUUAUAAGAUUUUCAACGAGGAGAGCAGAGUCGAGCCUUCAACAGCGAUGGAAAGGGAACUCCAAACCACAUGGGCCUCCAUUAUUGGCCUUGAGAUAGAACAGAUUGGCGCAAAAGAUAACUUUUUCAAGCUUGGUGGGGACUCAGUUCUGGCCAUAUCGCUUGUUGCGGUUCUCCGCUCAAAAGGGAUCUCAUUAUCUGCCGCCGACAUUUUCCAAAAUCCAAAGCUAUGUGACAUGGCUUUGUUUGCAGUCACCACACACGAUGGGCCAUCUGACGAUAUCGAACCAUUUUCUCUCAUUGGAGAGCCUAGCUCAGCACAACAAAUCCGCCUUCAUGCUGCGGCUGAGUGUGGAAUCACGGAAGACUCUCUGGAGGACAUUUACCCUUGCACGGCUCUUCAAGAAGGUCUGAUGGCUAUGUCAAUCAGGACCCCUGGCGCUUAUGUUGCCCAAUCAGUAAUCCCAUUGCCACUUACUGUAGACAUUGAGCGUUUCAAGGCUGCAUGGGAUAUCACUAUCAAAUCCAACCCGAUACUUCGUACUCGGAUAGUCCAAGGUCCAACGACUACCCGCGGUACGCCGACAGGGUUUUUACAAGUGGUCGUCAAGGAAACGGCUGUCUGGCAUUUUGAAGAUUCUUUAGAUGCCUUUCUCGAUCGAGGCAGCGCACCUUCCAUGCGCUUUGGUACGCAAUUGACACGCUAUUCAAUAAUCCAAGAUGCGGCUUCCGGAACUCGUUAUUUUGCUUGGACGCUACAUCAUGCUUUGUAUGAUGCUUGGUCAAUGUCUCUUAUUUCAAAGUUUCUAACCGAGGCCUACAACAAUCAAAAGCCCACGAAGCUUGUAGGGUUCGAUAAAUAUAUCAAACACCUCAUCAAGAGCAAUGUUCGCCAAGCAGCCGAGGACUAUUGGCGGUCAGCUCUACAGGACGCAGUGCCUUCAGACUUUCCACCGUCUGCACCAACGACUGAUGAACCUCAGCCAGAUGCUUCUUUGCACCACAUUAUCAAUGUACCUAGUGUCCAGGAUGCAAGUGCUGAUUUCACCAUUUCGACUAUCGUUCGCGCUGCCUGGACACUUUUGAUCAGCAAGUAUACGGACUCACAAGACGUUGUGUUCGGAGCGAUCCUAGCUGGUCGCACCGCUUCAAUUCCUGGAAUUGAGAAAAUCGCUGGGCCUACAAUCAAUACCGUACCAGUCAGGCUGGCCAUCGACUUCCAAAAACCUGUUACAGAGCUUCUCCGUCAGGUACAAAACCAUUCGACGGAAAUUAUUCCCUUCGAGACUCUCGGUCUACAAAAAAUACAGCAUCUUAGUGAGAGUGCCCACGCGGCUUGUCAAUUUCAAAACCUUCUCAUCGUUCAGCCACCACCUGCCAAUGAUGUCAACUCUAUAUGCCCGGCUCAGAUGACCGCUGCUGGAGACCUUUUCGACAAUCUUCGCUCUUAUGCUCUGGCCAUUCAGUGUACUCUCAUUGACACAAACGGCAAGAGAGAAAUUGAGGUACAUGCUGGCUUUGAUUCGAAAUCGAUCAGUGAGACCCAGAUGCGGAGAGUUCUCGAUCAACUCGACUAUCUGAUACAACAGAUAUGCCACGCCACAAAAUCACACCUGGUGAAAGAACUCGAUUUGAUCAGUCCCAAUGAUCGGAUUGAGUUGGAACGUUGGUUUGGAAACCCCAUUCCCUCCACUCAAUUAUGCUUGGAUGAGAUGUUCGAAAUAAGUGCCCACCAGAAUGUUGGAAGAAGCGCAAUCAACAGUUGGGAUGGCAAUUUUACCUACGAGGAGCUCAACGAUGCUGUGGACAGUCUCGCCAAACUUCUCAUCAACAUCGGCGUUGGGGCUGAAACAAAAGUGCCCCUUUUAUUCCAGAAAUCAAGGUGGGCUGUGGUGGCUAUGCUGGCUGUUGUAAAAGCUGGCGGGGCGAUUGUACCUUUGGAGACAAUGCAUCCUCGGGCCCGUUUGGAAUCAAUAAUGAGAGCGAUAGAUGCUACAGUGGUUCUAUGCUCUCCCGACCAAAAAGAAUGGCUCUCAAAGUCUCACAGCAAGGUCGUAGUCAUUGACUCUUCCGUAGACCUGCUCCCAAAACCAAUCGAGACAAUUUCUGGACGCACGACUCUUUCCAGUGCUCUCUACAUCAUUUUCACGAGUGGAUCUACUGGACUUCCAAAAGGCGUGGUGAUUGAGCACAGGGCAUUUGGCUCCAGUGUACCUCAUCACGCAAAGCAGGCUUUCUUUGGCCCAUCUAUGCGCAAUCUACAAUUAGCUUCUUAUAGUUUUGGCGCUGCCGUUGCGGAGAUCUUCUCAACUCUCCUACACGGUGGCUGUCUUUGCAUCGUGCCAAAUGAGGCGCGAGCAAAUCUUCCAGGAGUUGUUAAAGAGAUGAACAUCAACUUCAUGUUUAUGAGUCCGACCUUUGCACGAUUAAUACCUCCCCAGGCUAUCCCAUCAGUCAAAACUCUAGUUUUCGGGUCUGAGGCAAUGUCCACAGCAGACAUCGAGAAAUGGUGUCCCCACGUUCAAAUUGUGCAAGGAUAUGGUCAAACAGAAUGUUCGACUAUUGCCGCCACAUUUCCGUCCAUGACGCCUGAUAUUCACCCAAGGAAUGUCGGCAGUGCUCUGGCAGCCAGAUUCUGGAUCGUGGAUCCCUCCAACCAGCAUACUCUUGCACCACUCGGCGCUGUGGGGGAGUUAAUAAUUGAAGGGCCAAUAGUGGCCCGUGGAUAUUUGAAUGACCCAGAAAAGACAGCAGCUGCCUUCAUCAAACCUCCGGCUUGGCGUCAUCAGUUCGAGGUAGAUAAUGAUCAGCGCAUGUACAAGACUGGUGAUCUUGCCCGCUUUCAUGACGACGGUACCCUGAUAUUUAUGGGUCGGAAAGAUACUCAGGUGAAAUUGCGCGGUCAGAGAGUCGAGCUUGGUGAGAUUGAAUAUCAUAUUCGACGAUUUAUCCCGUCGGCGAAGGGAGUUGUGGUUGAACUUGUUGAAAUUCAUGCGAAGAAAGGCAAAGGUCACGCAACAUUGGUGGCAUUUGUAUGCUUGGGGCCUGAUAUUGUUCAAGAUAACGAAUUCGGUGCUGCCAAUCAAGCGGUAACAGAGGCAUUUCUACCUCUGCUUUCAAAUCUGGCGGCACAACUCUCCGAGGUUCUACCAUCAUACAUGAUUCCUUCGGCGUAUUUGCCACUGGGUGCAGUUCCGUCUACAACAUCUGGCAAGGUUGAUCGGCUAAGAUUGCGUGAAAAGGCAUCUGGAUUGUCAGUUGAACAGCUUGCAUUCUACAGUCUAUCAAAUAUUGUGCGGCGUGAACCAGCUACACCGCUGGAAAAGAAUUUACAGGAGCUGUGGGCCGAAGUCUUGGAUAUUGAUAUCGAACAGAUUAGUGCUGACAGUAAAUUCCUACAAUUGGGCGGAGAUUCGAUCAAUACGAUCAAGUUAGUCGCAGCGUGCCGGUCUCAAGGCUUGAUAUUGUCCGUGGCAGAGAUAUUCAAGCAUCCGACUUUAUCACAGAUGGCGGAAAUCUUGCAGCUUUCGCCCACGACACAACCAUCCGAACAUACACGGCUCUCAUCCCUGACGGACUUGGCCAGAGAAGGGCUUCUUCGUGAAGUCAUCAAACGAAGAAUCGCCGGCGAUGAAUCCGAGGUUGAAGAUAUACUGGAGGCGACUUAUAUGCAAAGCUUGUUUGUUGCUGCUGGAUUAAUGGAACAAAAUUCAAAGACAAACUACAUCACAUUGCAGUUCCGGGAAACUUUGGAUGCAAAUCGACUUGAGGCUGCGUGUCGAGCUCUUGUUUCACAGCAUCAGAUUCUGCGCACCGUCUUCAUUCCCUAUGAACAACAGCUAAUGCAAGUGAUACUACGUUCACUCGCUGUACAGGUCAAACAAUACAAAUGCGGGAGUGAGAUCGACGAGUUCAUCUCCGCUAUCAUAAAAGCAGACAGCACGGAAGUCGCCCAUUUCGGAAGGUCAUUCUUGCGUUUCAUGAUCUUCGACGGCGGCGCGUACGGCUUCCGACUGACGAUACGCAUCAACCAUGCUCAAUUCGAUGGCAUGUCGUUUCCUCGAACGAUUGAAGAUCUUGCUAUUGCAUACGAAAAGAUGGGGGGUUCUUCUGCACUGCCACAAUUCUCGGACUUCACAUACCACGCCGGCGAAAUUCACGACACUGGUGCGGUAGAAUUUUACCGAAAUCUACUUUCAGGUUCUACGAUGACAACACUUGCGAUAAAUCAAGUCAAACCAUCACGUAUCCAGCCAGUGAACGAAGUAAUAAAGCGACAGAUUCUACACACCAGUUUUCCGGAGCACGGGAUUACAUUUUCUAUUGUCCUCAAAGCUGCUUGGUCGGUCGUCUUGGCAGAAAUGACAGGAACAAGGGACGUCGUAUUCGGCUACCUGGUUGCUGGACGCAACCUCCCAAUGCCCAGCAUAGAUACGGUGGUUGGCCCAUGUAUCAAUAUCACUCUCAUCCGAGUCCAGCACCGAGCCAGCACGACUUUGGAGUUGCUCGAGCAAGUCCGUGACCAAAAUCUUGAAGCUAUGCCUUACGAGAACUACUCAUUGGAGAAAAUCGUCAGGAAUUGCACCGAAUGGCCACGAUGGACGAGAUGCAGUACAAUUGUUCAAUGCCAGCAUAUAGCUGUGGAGUCGGGCGCUUUCUCGUUUGGUGGGGUCGAGUGCGAACUGACGGCUACGAACCCACCGUCCGACUUGGCGGAUCUAAUCGUUGAUGCACAGCCUUCAGGAUCUGAUGGCACCGAAAUGUCGAUUUCGUUCCUGUUCAAUACAGACAAGAUCUCCACCAGCAUCGUUGAACAGGCAGCGGAGAGGUUGGUCACGUAUAUCACCGACAUUCGCAAGAACAUCAGCGCCACAUUGCCAUUGCUUUCACAACCCCAGAUUGAAGCUGGUACAGUCUCAUUAGAAAGCCCAAAUGAUCUUUGUGAAGCAUCGACGACUCUUUCCGAUGAUUCUGGGGCACGUGUUGAGUCUGCCGUACGAAAGGUCUGGAACAAAGUCCUGGCGCCCAGCUCUGGCCUUUCUGAAUCAACGACGAACGACACUCCUUUCUUUGAGAUUUGGGGAAGUCUUAUUGGUGCUGCAUAUCUUGCAGAGUGCUAUGGAGCAGAGAUAGGUGUUGAUAUUAGUAUGGAGGAGAUUGUCGAGCAUCCAAGCAUGCGUCUUCAGAGCGAGCUCGUUCGCAAGAAAUGGGUCAUGCAAAAUCGCGGUAGUCGAGUCAGCAACGACUGAGCACUUUUAAAUCUCAGCUACUUUUGUUGAUGAUGUAUAUUACUGCGGUAUAGGUUUUGAGUAUUCCGGGGCGUUUGGUUCGGUAAAUGUACUGAAUUUUUUUUGUACUGCAAUUGUCGAUACUCGGUGCUUCGAUAGUCCCACUACCUCUAUUCGAGGUCGAAAAUUCAAGUUCGG